AUGAUCGAGCCAUACACACUCCACGACUGGGCGCCCUUGAAAUUGGUACUACAAGCAGUGGUCGAUGACGCAAAGCCGAAAGGCCAGGUCGAAAUUCGUUUCAUCACUGGAGCCAUUGAGUUGGCCAUCCCUUCGAACCAACUCGGAAGAUCUUUCAUGGGCGUCGAAGACAAACUGCCAGAAUAUAGAGCAAGUAUUGGACUUGAAGGGGCGCAAGGUGGCGGAACCCUCGGAGGGUACAUGAUCCUAACCACAGGGAGUCAGGGCCAAGAGGUGAUGCUAGCAGAGUCUACUACCACCAGGCAAAUAUUUGACCAACUUCAGCAAAUGGGAUCCGAGUCCGAUAUGUCACCAGCAGACCCAAAGAUUGAUGAGCUCUUGGUGAAAACACCUGAGAAACUCAUCAGCGUAUGUCGAGAGUACAGUAAUAAUUACAUGGCCGCUGAGGAAAAACCCUUUGGUGCCGCCAGGAAGCCCUUGCCAUUACAGCAAAGCGUAUAG